UAUUUAUAGUCACAUGACCCAAAUAAUAGAAUAGUGUCAUAGGGGAUCAUACUACCACGUACCUGCGGAAAAGAGAAGACAAAUACCAGGUUUCAGGGGUCUUUUUAGGAUCAACGUUAUGGAACAGAACGGUAAUCAGAACUUACCACCAGUAACACUUUGUCGGUCAGGAUGCGGUUUCUAUGGUAACCCAGCAUUUGAUGGCUUGUGUUCAAAGUGUUACAAAGAUGUAUUAAAACGAAAGAACAAUUCCUCUUCUCCAGUGAGUGGUAGAUUAAGCCCUGUAUCGCCAAGUGAGAAGGAAUCGUCAGUGAGCAGUGUAACCUCGACACUGGCACAUGCAAGUCUAGGCACCAGUACAGAGUGCAGCAGUGCCACUUCAAUCAGCAGCACGAUUGUGCCGAGUUGUACGUUAGUGAGUGAGGUGGUGACUAGCACUACCCCGAGUGUGGAGACGGCCGCCCCAACUGUAUCCAUACACAGCAGCACCAGUCAGGCUAAAGUGGAGCCGGAAAAGGACGAAGGCGCUGUCGGUGGUGCUGAUAUAGGAACAGAUUCUAGCUCCCAAUCGGACGACGACAAGGAUAAAAAGCCCAAAAAGAAUCGCUGUCAUACCUGCAAAAAGAAGGUUGGACUUACAGGAUUUCCCUGUCGCUGUGGAGGAUUAUACUGCAGUAUACAUAGAUAUUCUGAUAAACACGAAUGUCAAUUUAAUUACAAGGAAAUGGCACAGGAGCACAUUCGCAGACACAAUCCAGUGAUCGUGGCCGAAAAAAUACAGAAAAUUUAAUGCAAAUUUAUUAUAAAUGAUUAAUGUUAUAAAAAAGAAAAAACUAUUACUAUUAUUAUUGGUAUAUGUGUAAACUUAAGAAGAUAUCUUUUGAUGAGAACGGAGAAGUGAUAAUGGUGAAUGUGUCAGUUGUUGAAAACAGAUUUUACUGGACAAGUUAACAGGGAAUGGUUGACAACACAGGAAACAGUAUUUUUCCAUUGUGUUGGUGGCAGAUAAUUUGGUAAAAAACAGGACUUUUAGUGGGGUUUUUAAUCGGAUACAGAUUUCUACUUUGAAAUGCAAGAAGAUAAAUGUUUUAGUAGUUUUGAAAUCUUUUAUUGGAAAGAAAAAAAGAUUAGUAAAAACAUACAAGGGGAUCGGGUAUUAUUUCUAUUUGAUGAAAGCUACAGUAUAUAAAUAAUCAAUGAUUAUGCAAAUUAAUUAAUGCUUUAUUUGAGCUCUGAAAAAACUAAUUUAUUUGAAAUAUAUCUUAAAUUUUAAUAAUUAAUAAUAUUUCCAAUGUUUUAUAAAAUGAUAAAUUCCCUGGAAACUUGAUAACAUCGAAAGCCUUUAUCAUGAGGCACAAUAAAAAUUAAUGAAAUUAUAGUAAAAUAUUUUGUCCACCUGAUGCUGUUCCUGAUAUAUUAUGCCAGAAAAAGUUAUUCUUGGCUACUGACAAAUGUCAUUGUCAAUGUAUGUGCUAUGGAGCUACAGGUAUUAUCAUGUGUUAGGAUGUGAGAGUUGUUAAAACUCCCUCAGUGUGAUAUAGGGUGUGUAGUUGGUUUAAACUGUCGCCACUGUAACAGAAUGCCGGGGAAAAGGAACAGCUGGAGUCGAGAAUGGGAGAAGAUGACACAGAAUCACUUGACUGGACCAUUUUCAUUUGUUACUACAGAAGAAGUGGUACAGAGACUAAGAGUGUUGAUGUUUUCUACAUAUUUUCCACUAUGUGGCUAGAUAGCCUGAAAAUCUGGAUCCAACUCGUAAUUGUGUGGCUUACCAAAAACACAUUCUUCAGCGUCGAAUCUAAAAGCAUUUGUACUAUGUACAGUAUGUUUGUUGACUGAGAACCGCUCUACCCAGCUUUGGGCUGGAGUUAGGCACAACAGAAAAGUUUCGAAACUGACCUAAUUUUACUUGGCACUGUUUUGGACUGGAGGUUGAUUGCCUCCUGUGCUGGACAGACACACCAGCAAUAAACAAGUAUGACGAAUGGUUUGAUCCUUCAACGCAAGGAUUGGUACGGGGACUUUAAUGUCCAGCGCACUGUAUAAAAGAUUUAAUUAUUUCAGUGAUUUUUAUCAAUUAUGAAUAUAUCCUAAUGAUUCAGAUUUUAUUAAUACAAUAGUUUAAGAAGUUGCAAAAAGAUUUUUGUUAUGUUUGUUUGCUCUGUGAUUUUCACUGUAUUGUGAGUUAUAUAACUUAAUUCUUAUUUUUUUUCCAUGGAAGAUUUUUUCUCUGAUAAGAGAUGUUUUUCCUCCGUUUGCUAUCAAGGAAUCAUCUAGUACACUGUUACUUCAUCAAUCACACUUAAUUAUGUUGUCAAGUUAUUGACUGUCACAUGUGGAUCAGAGAAAGGUUCAAAUCUUGAUGUAAACAAACAUGGAUUUUUACCCCAAGAAUUACUUAUAUUUUGUGAGUUUCACAUUUUUGUUUUACAUAUUUUUUGCUUAAAUUCACCAGAGUUGAUUGCAAAUUUAAGUUCCUCACAAUAUCAUUUUCAAUGGAAUUGAUUUAACUCUUUAGGUACUGUUGUCUAGCAUGCAGGAAAAGAUUUCAGGUAAUCUUUCCCUGUUGUUGAGAACACUGGACACGAUUCCAGGUACUCCCUUCCCUUGUCUUGUAUAAUACUUGACAAGAUUUUAAGUACUUGCUUCUCUGUAGCAUGCCAGACACUAUACAUUAGUUUCUCCCUUCCACAAUAUGUCUAGUACACUGGAAAGAGUGUUUUGAAAUUGAUUGACAGUAAAGGGCAGACAUAAUGACCUAACCCUAUAGAAAGAAACAUCAAAAUCUGUUGUGAUCUUAACCCUUUCAUCCCUCAUCCCUGUGUAUCUUGAGUAGACUCUACCAUACAGUGAUAUGGAUGAGUCCAUUAUGGCCUACAGUACAGUAGUGAAAGGGUUAAGGAAAUGAAAAAAGCAUUUUUGAAGUGAAACUGGAUAAGAAAUUAAGUUAUUUUGAAGUGGUAAAUCAUAAAAAAUUAUUGGGUGCAACUUGAAAAUGGUAUAAUUAUUACUGAUUACUUAGACUUAACAUAGUGGGGUGAAGGGAAAGACGAAAAAUAUAUAAUUGCUUAAAGUUAAGCAUAUUUCAGGUGUCCUGGAACAGUCUUGUUUCUACUGCCUGUAAUACAUUGUCAAUGAAAUACUUUUUAGCAAUUACUUCAACAUAGGAUUUCAAUAGUUUUUGCGAAUCGUUUUAGGAAACCUGAAAAACACCUGAAUUGUUCAUUAACAGUGUCUACAGCUACAAAGAGACUUGUCUGAAUGUACAGUAGUCGGAAAAUAAAAUGGGCAUGUUUUAUAAAAAAAAGUUAGAAAGUAGGAUAGAGCAAGUUUUCUUUGAAGUUUAAGUUUUCUAGAGAAUAUUGUUUCUGAAACUUCAUAGAAGUCUCUGUCAAAUAUAGUACAGGUGUCUGCACAUGUGUGGUCAUAUUUCAUAUUUCUUGUUGCCGUUUCUUGCAUUAACAUUUUUUUUCUAUCAAUUGAAACCUUUUUUUUUUAGCUUUUUCAUACAAAAGAAUUAUAGCAGAGUAUUUUGUGCACAUCAAAUAAGAAACUUGUUAAAUCAUUCACCCCUACAUUAUAAAGUAGACUUGCCCAGUCUUUGAUUUGUUAAGGUUCAAAUAUGACUUAGAGGGUGAAUGGGUUAAAAGAACAAAACCUUUUCUUAAUUUCAUAAGCAUUUUCUCAAUCUUAGAAGUGAUUUUUAAAAUUUCACAUUUUGUAUAGUCUCUUUUAUAUGAAAUGUCUGAAAUACAUUGUUUAAAUUUCAUAUUUUAUGUCGUCUCUUGUGAAACGUCUAAAAGAUAUUGUUGAAAUUUAAACAUUUUGUUUAGUCUCUUGUGAAACGUCUGAAAAAUGUUAAAUCCUGAUGACUCCCUUCUCCCAAUGUUUUUUUCUGUUUCACCAAUGCUGGUAUAGAUACUUCAGGUACUGUUGUCUAUUAUACUGGGCUAAACUUCAGGUACUCCUGUUUUGUAUAUACUUAAUUGGCAUUCUCCGUAUAUUGGCUCUUUUGAGCAAAGAUACACUAUAAUAUAACAUGAAAAAGAAACAUCAAAAUUCAUAAAAGUCUAGUACAUGAAAUUAAAAAAGAAUCACAAAUCAAACUGGUCCAUUUAAAAUCAGCUCACAAGUGACCGACAUGUGACCUUGACCUGUGAUGGCUGCAGUGACCUUGACCUGUACCACAUGUGUUAACAGUAAUUUCUGUCUCAACCAAGGUUGGAAUACUAGGAUGUACUUGACAUAGUUCAUGGACUGACAGCAGUAUACAGUCCUACAAUACUGAUAACCACUGCCAACAGUUCCAUCCCUGUGUGAGCUGAUGUUUUAGUUACACUAUUGUAGAUUUGGCAGAGACUGAUACGGCUUUAGUGUGUAUACUACCACUGCUAUCAUUUCGUAUUACACAACAGAAACAUCGUGCACUUGGUAUACUCUCACCUGGAUAUCAUGUUUACCUUUCCAAUUUUAUGAUUGUUUGUUGAAAAUCUUACUGAUUACCAAGUGAUUCAGCAAGGUGUCAUGUUAUAUUUCACUUUUUAAUCUGAGAGUUAUAUCUUAAGAAUUUCAAUUUCAUUUGUAUGUUCGUAACCAUCGGAUGUAUGACCAAAAUCUACAGCUAUUUAUGUAAAAUAUGACAACUUUAAUGAAGAUUUGUUAUUUAAUUACAAGUGUGUUGUGAUUCAGUUUGAAAUUGUACUCCAUUUAAUGGACAUGUCUGCUUGACAUCAAUCUCAAGUUGAUAGUAAGACGACUUCCAAAAUUGAAAGUUAAUUAGUAAUUACUAACCUGUGACAAUGCAGGGAACGAGUACCAACACUUCAUAUUAAAUAGAAAUCUAUAUGUAAAUACCUAACAUGGUUUGACACACUUUACAUAGAUCUUCAAGUUAGCCACAUACAGAUUUAGAUUAUGUUUAAUUAACCCUUUCACCCCUAUGUAACUUUAGUAGACUAUGCCAUUAUGGUCUUCAGUGGUGAAAGGGUUAAAUACCAAAAUAACUUUGCUGAGUUAAAUGUAUCGUGCCCUUAUGCUUUUCAAUAUUUAUUCCCAGUUACUGACCAUGUGGCAGUGCUUUCAUAACAUAAUGUAUUAUUUAUAUUAUUUUAAUUUGUUUCAAAGGAUCAUUCAUUUUCUAUUGAAAUGUAUAUACUAGCAUGCAGUGGUAUUUUAAUCCUUACAAUACAGUAUAUAUAUCUUUUUUGCCUCUUCAAAAAACUUGUACAAAUAACUGUCUUGGGAUUUAGAUUUUUUUUUUUUUUGAGAAAAUGAGUAGAAGUGAUUUUUGUGAGGACAUCAGUAUUUUUUGUGUGAUAGUGUGUGGAGUGGCUGGGGAGUAACCAGUUAUAUUUCAGCUGUUGAUUUAACAAGAUUUUAUUUUAAAAAGGCCAAGACAGUUUAACAUCAAUUUAUAUACGAAAAAAUGGGAUAACAGUAUUAGAAAUUAAUUGGGGAAAAAAAGACCUUAAGUGAAAGUUUAUUUGAGAAUUUAAUUUGUUCAUCCAAAUCCAAGAAAAAAAUGGGAUUACAAGUUUAGAAUUUAAUUUGGGGAAAAAGACUGAUAUAUUCAAGUUGAUUGGUGAAUUUAAAUUUUAAAUUUUCAUCCAAAUCCAAGAUUGGGUUGGAAAUAAAUUACUGUGAAUAAAUGGUAAUGUAGCCAAGUAAUGGUCUAUAGCUUUGAAAUAAUUCAUUGUAGUUUAACAGCGUGGAAGAUAGCUGGCUACUUCUGUUAUGCUAGUACAAAUAUAUCAUUGUUUUUAGUCAGAUUAUCAUACAUUGCUAACUAAGUAGCGACAACGCGUUCAUAGGUCAAGGGGAAAUAACCCAGAGUAUAUAAUUUCAAAGGGAGAAACUCUUGAUAACAUAGUGUGAGUGACAGUGUAAAUGAAUGGUCUAAAACAAGAAUAAAUGUCUUGAAACCUGAAAGUUUGCAAACUUCAUUAAAAGCAAUUGUGUUCCCAUAUCUCAUUCUUGUUUGUAAUCACCCUGGAAUAAUGUUGACAUCCUCACCUUGUACUUGCUGGUUCUAUCAUAUUUCUUAUCAAGGCAGAUUGAAACCACUUUAUUCUUGACAGUUUAACUUGAACUCAUUCAACCCUGAAUUUUCGUAAUGAACUAUUCCAACCUUUGAAUUGGAAAGGUUCAAGUACGUCUUCAGGGGGAAAAUGUGCUAAAGAGAGCAGUCCUGAGAAAAAAGGCUUUAGUUUACAGCAUUCAGAUGAAUGACCUCUGCUUGAAGAGAUACCAACUAUUCUUAUGAAGUAAUACCUCGUUUAACAGCUUCUUGAUGAAGAAUCGGUUAUAAAUGAAGACUUCAUACAUCUAAUUCUGUGAAUAUCAGCUGUGUGAGGUGUAGAAUAUUAAUGAUCCCUGUCACACUGCAUUGUCCUUUACACAGUAAUCUCCCUUUGAGUUCUGUUUGGAUCUAACAGUAGCACAGAUGGGAUAGAACAUGUCUGUUGAAUAGAAACAGUUUCCCACCCUUAGUUACAGUUUUUGGCAGUGGUGCAGGGAUCCUUAAGCCUUGAUUUGAAAUGUGACAGAUCCCUGUGAGCUCAACCUAUGCUUUCCAUCAAUCGUCACUUGGACAAUAUAUCGGAUUUAUAAACUCAUUCACCCUUGAACAUACAUUUUAACUUUUCCAAUUAAAAGGUUGGAAAAGUUCAUCAUAAAAUUUCAGCAGUGAAUGAGUAAACUGUAUUUGUUUAUCUUUGUGGUUUGACUAACUCACCCCUGAAAUUCAUAAGGAACUAUUCCAACCUUGGAAUUGGAAGAGUUUAAUUGUGUUUUCAGGGGUGAAAGAGUUGAAUAUUACAGUGAUUUACAGAUUGAUUACUUCAUAAAUCAUUUAUCAGGGGAAUAUUUUGUUGUUCA